CCUAGUUGUUUGAUACUCUUUUGACUCCAAGGUUUUAUCAACCUCAUCAAGAUGACUAAGAGAAGAAGCGUGCAUCUGCUUCCGAAAGUGAUAACAGAAAUCCUAUUGAGGUUGCCGGUGAAGUAUGUAUUACGUUACAGGAAAUGAUUGUUUCCCUGAAACCUUAUCCAUUGAUUUUGAUGCAUCUCUUAGCGGUGAUUCUGCUUAUGUUCCACCCAUAAUUGAUUUUAUGGAUCACCAACAACAUCCACAAAUCGGAGGUUCAUGCAGGGGGUUUGUGUUUUUGCACUCUGACAAAGGCUUCUAUCUAUGGAAUCCAUCCACCGGAGUCCACAAACAAAUACCUAGGUCACCUAUGACUAUUGGAAUCAAGCUUAAUAUUCUCAAUCGCAAUAUUUUAAGGUUUUUGUAUGGCUUUGCAUACGAACCGUCAACUGAUGAUUACUUGGUAGUUUUAGGGUCCUAUAAAUGCUAUAAUGACUAUGAUCGGGUAUCUGGUUUGAUUACCUUGGAGAUUUUCUCAUUGAGAACUAAUAAGUGGAAACAAGUUGAGGUUGGUUUUCAUUUACCUUAUAUGGUAAUUAAUACUAAUCGUCCUUCCAACAAAGUUGGGUUGUUCUUGAAUGGGGCUAUUCAUUGGGUGGUUCAUAAUCAUGAGACCAACAUGAAUGUUAUUAUUGCCUUUGAUUUAAAGGAAACGACAAUAUCAGAGAUAGCUCUGCCAAAGGAUUUUUGUGUUACUUAUUCUAUACAAUAUGAUUUGUUGGUGCUUGAUGGGCUUAUUAGUGCAUGGAUUGUGGACAUGGAUGUAGUGGAGAUAUGGGUAAUGCAAGAAUAUGCAGUGCAUUCAUCUUGGAUUAAGACUCUUGUUUUUUCUAUACGUCCUGAUCCGGACUUCUUCCUUGUAUAUUUUACAAAUUGUGGUGAUAUAGUUGGAACAGAUGGUCAUGAUGAAUUGGUGAAGUUUAAUUACAAAGGCCAGCUGCUAGAGAAUCUCUCAUAUCAUUGCUGUUUUUCAGGUAGAUCCAAAAUGGUCGUGUAUACAGAGUCUCUGCUUUCACUCCCUACUGGCGUUAGAUUGGUCAAUGAAUUAUGAUAUUUUAUACAUUUUAAACAGGAAUUUAUGAUAAAUUUGCAUUUUAAUUUUAGAACAUUUAAAUCUUUUUCCUCAUUGCUGAUAUG